AUGAACGAGAAAAGCGUGGGAGACAUCAUAGAAAAAUCAGAAUCCGCACAAGUACUUGAGCUUAAAACGAUGGUUGAUCGACUUCUCAAAAUUCAACAAAGUGGUGUGCAUCUACGUGAGAACGUGAUAAGGGCCGAUGCUAAGGUUGAUCAAGAGUGUGUUAGAGAUGGUUCUAAAGAAAAGCAUCAAGAAGUCAACUACAUUGGCGACGUCGUAAAUUUCCAACAAAACCAGAAAAAUAGUGAUUUCAACCGAGGAAACUUUCAUACGAGUUUUCAACCUCCAAUUGUAGAUCAAGAUCACGUGCUUAUGAAACCUAAUGAGAGUAUAUGUGGAGCUAUGAUGCAGGAAAUCAUUGAGAAUCAACAACAACUUAUGGAAGAUUAUCAACAAUUCUUAGAAGCACAUAAGGAAAACGCUAAAAACAUUCAAAACCUCGGUUUUAGAGUGGAUAGCAUUAGCUUGGACGAAAGAAGAAGGAUCAAUUCGCAAGGCUCCACAUCAAAGGAAACUGCAUAA